AAUAUCUACAAAAUUUUCACAAAAUAUAUUUUCAUCUCAAUCUGCAUUAGCAUUCAAUCCUCAAAAGAUGCAGGACCAACCAGCGAGAAGGAGGCGAAGACCUCGACCUCUUGAGACCUCUGGCGCUACAAUACUCGCCACGUCUCGCGUCGUUUACACAAGAACCAAGACUUCGAAGAAUCCAGCCUCUUUCCUUGUCCAGAAACUCUUCCAGCUCGUUCUCUUCUUCGCGUCCAUCACAAGUCCCUUCCAUCGCCACCUUCUCGCCAUUCUCUCCGUAGCCGACGAUCACAUCCUAACGUUGCAAGAAACGGUCGAAACUUACUUUCCUUCUUCCACCUUCGCCUUCAUCAAGAUCUCCGACUUGCUGAUCGCAUCAGAGUCUCUUCCCGAGAAACUAGACGCGGUUCUUGAGAGGCUUCCAUGUUUGAUGAGCAGAGCCGCGUGGCUAGACUGGAUCCUGAUCCACGCCAUUUAUUGCCUCGAUUCUCUCGUGAACGUGUUGGGACGUUGGAGAGAUAAGAACAAGGGGGCAAAUGAGAAAGAGAUCACAGUGGAUAGGAGUUUCAGCAGAACAGGAUCAAACUAUGAAGAGGAGGAGGAAGAAGAGAAGAUGAAGUUAGGGGACGAUGAGGGAAAAAAAGUGACGUACAAGGAGGCGUUACAGAGAGGAAGCAGCGGAGAAGAUGGUGGAGGAAGCACAGGUCGUAGCAGCAGCAGUGGCGGCGGCGAUCCUAUUAUGGAAAUGUUUGAGAACGGUUGGAUCACGAAGCCCAUCAAAAGAAGUAGCAGAAGCGCUGAUUCGCUCACAUGCUCUCGUUCUGAUUCCUACGAAACCACUACAUGAGAUGUCCUUUUAACUCUGUCUUUUUUUUUUCUUCUGUAGCAAUAUAAGGAUGGUUGGUUACACAACAGCAACAACAACACAAACCAAUAAACUAUA